UCACGUGGUGUAAAAAUUUCAGCUGUUGUUGAGUUGUUGUUGUUUUUCRCUGUSUUUKGGGCUUAUUUUCCUUCCUAUUACGCUCUAAACAAUUAUGGGAAAACGGCGAAAGAAGAAGAAGGUUGCUAAUCAAGCUGAAGAAGGACCAGCWGUGCCUCAUACUUUUGUUAUGCAUAGAGGGAUCGURGGRAAAUCUGUUAUGAGUUUGGAAAAUGAUUUACGGCUUGUGAUGGAGCCGUACACGGCACGAAAUCUYAAGGUCAGGAAGAAUAACGUGCUUAAAGACUUUGUUCAUGUGGCAGGACCUCUUGGAGUCACCCACUUCYUGAUUCUGUCAAAAACUGAAGUGGGAACCUACUUGAGAAUGGCACGUCUACCAAGAGGACCCACUCUAACUUUCAAGAUAAAUGAGUAUGCUUUGGCUAAAGAUGUCAUUUCACUCGUUAAAAGGCCUAAAACUGUUGGUAGUCAGUUCAAGAACCCACCUUUGCUUGUCCUGAAUGGUUUCAAUACAGAAACACUUCCAAUGAAGCUAAUGACUACAAUGUUUCAAAAUCUUUUUCCUUCCAUAAACAUCCAAAAGGUCAACCUUGGUGAUAUCAGAAGAUGUGUGUUAUUGAACUAUAAUUCAGAGAGCAAAACUAUAGAAUUCCGACACUAUGAUAUWCAAGUUGUGCCAGUCGGCAUGAGCCGAGGRGUCAAGAAACUCAUUCAAACAAAGCUUCCAAAUAUGUCCAAGCUGGAUGAUAUUAGUGAUUAUGUUUUAGGAUUCAGCUUAUUAAGAUUGAAGAUGGYCUUUGUGGUGGUGAAGUACUUUACCAUGAAUUUAUCACAAAAAGUGAAGCUGAAAUCAGAGCACUUAAAGAGAAAAGAGAAAAGAAAAGGAAGCUAAAAGAAAUGAGAAAGAAAAUUCAAGAAGCUAAUGUUAAAAGGAAAGCAAAGGAGAAGGAAUUGAACAGAGAACGCAGUAUUGCAGGACAAAAGAAAAACAAAAUAGAAAACGAUGAAGAARAUGUAGAUUCACCGACAAGUGAGAACGACAAGGUCGAAGAAGAAGAUGAUGCAUACUGGUACCGACAAGAAGUUGGUGCAGAACCAGACACAGACCUAAUAUUAACCAAUAAAAUAAAAGCAUCAAAACCACURACAAAGCGAGGGACRAAACGCAAAGCAAAAGACCAAGGCGACCACGAYAGUGAAAAAAAGAAAAAGAAAAAAGGGGAAAUGAAGAACGAAAAAUUGAAAAAACAGAAAUCGACCAAAAAGGAAAAGAUUGGAAAGAAAUUGAAAACAACCAAAGAAAAGAACGUCAAGAAAUUUGGAAGAAAGAAAUCCGUCGGAAAACGAAAUUUCAAGACGCAACUAUGAGCAGCACAACUGUGUUGUAUUCUGAGAGACUUGUGAUGAUAUCAGGAUCAGGGCUUGUUUGAGCAUGGAWUUCAUUUUAUUCCAUCAUAUCUUCCAAACAUCUAAUAGUCUAACAAAGUUUAACAUCCAAUCGUCUAAAGAAGUUUGAAAGCAAUUCCAUUUGAAAGGAGUUUAAUUUCCUUGUGUAAUUCACACUCCUUUAUACCCACAAGAAAUAGUGACGCUCUGGAACUCUAACAGACACCUGUCAGUAACAAAUUUGGCAUGUUAAAUGUUCUAUCCGACAUAUAUACAUAUAUAUAGCCGUUUCAUUCCUGUUCGUCUUAUGUUUCAAGCAGUAUUUUUUUCAGUAAUAUCCUUACAAAUAGUUUUUCAUAUCCUGUAUUUUCUGAUGUGCUUUUUUACAAAAGCUUAUAAAAGCAAAACAUAUAUACAAAAUUUGUACAAACUGAAAUUCUCCUGUAAGAAGUAAAAUUUAUCUUGAA